UAAAACAAAUAUUUUUAUUUCAUGAACAUGCGUGGGACAAGGUAAAUCAUAAAUAUUAAAAUAUCCGAAAAACAAUGAUAUACAAAUUAAUUUGCCGUCAUACCGAUGGACUCCCAAGUUGGCCAGUGGUUGUACUCCAUAUCUACUUUUUCACAUUGCCCAUUUUCAGUUUUUUGCCUUUUCGCAUUUUACCUCCUUUUUUUUUGCAUAUGUUUUAUUCACAUAUGCAAACAGAAUUUCCGUUCAAUUCAAUUGCCCGGCGAAGAGGCAUUUUUUUGUGUGCCAUCAUGAAGUGGCGUCCGCAUAAAGGAGCACACCAAUGCCCAUGGAGGUGGCACGCACACAACUGUGCUCCCACACUGAAAUUCUAUUCGACCAAUUGUUGAUAUCCACGAAUGGAGGAGGACGUCGGGCUCGGUUCCACUCGGUUCGGCCCCUGUCGGUUGCGCUUCCUGUUUCGGUUUUGUGGCUCUGCUUCUAUCGCAAGGUGCUCUGGUUUUAUAAAAGUCCGCUGACGUUUCGAUCUGUCGCUCAGUUGUUGCAUAUUUCUCGGCGUGUUCGCUUCUCAAUAAACUAAUAGUUUAAACAAUUUUAAAACUCAGUGAAAGUACAACUUACUGCAAUAUUCGUAGACUUCCCGUUUUCGCUUCAACUUCUACGCCCGCCUAAAAGCUCGCACCAUUAAAUGCGCAGUCAAAGCGGAACGAUCGCUGUGGCGGUGCUGCUGCUCCUCCUCCUGACAGCGGCAUCUACUGCAGCGGAGGCAGACCUGGCUGGGGAGUCCCCCGGAGUAAGCACUCUGCCUCCUAGUGUCGAGCAACCGCGCCGAGUAGUGAAGCGGGCGCCAACAUCCAGCUUCAUCGGAAUGCGCGGCAAGAAGGACGACGAACGGGACACAGAAUCCUCGGACAUCUCGGAGGGCAACUGGCUGGGGAAUGGACCCGAUCCACUGGACUACGCCGAUCUGGAGAGCUACUACUCCGAGAACGGACGGCGGCUGAAGAAAGCGCCGCUGGCCUUUGUGGGAAUGCGGGGCAAAAAGUUCAUCCCGAUGAGUGUCCGCCUGAGCGGUGUCCUCCAGCACAUGGAGGAGGAACGGCUGCGGGAAGGUCUGCUGCAGGAUUUCUUAAAUAGUCUGACGGGGGAAGAGAAUGGAGCCGGGGAUGUGGACAAGCGGGCUCCCACUGGAUUCAACGGCAUGCGGGGCAAGCGCCCGGCCCUGAACGGCGACGAAGGCGAGGAGGAGGAGGCCAUGGAACUGCUGCAGAAACGGGCGCCUGUCAACUCUUUUGUGGGCAUGCGCGGCAAGAAGGAUGUCUCCCACCAGCACUACAAGCGAGCGGCACUUUCAGAGUUCUGGCACACUUUCUUUAAAAAGGCGUACGAUGUAAGGGGAAAGAAGCAACGGUUCGCGGACUUUAAUAACAAAUUCGUGGCGGUCAGAGGAAAGAAAAGCGAGCAGGACGGAGAGGGAGCCGGAAACUGGGAGGCCAUUGGUCAGCAGCAAUACCUGGUGCAUCCCUGGCUGAAUGUUUGGGGCGACAAGCGGGCACCCAAUGGCUUUUUGGGAAUGCGCGGCAAGCGCCCAGCACUAUUUGAAUAAGCGGGGCUUGCCC